AUGGCGGCCGAGAUCAUUGAGGCUCACGACAAGACCACCGCGCCCGUGCAGGUGCCGGAGCAGGUGCCCUCCAUUGACGAGAAGGCGGACACCUAUGUCGAUGUUGACAAGGCGCCCUCCGACGACGAUGAGGAGGUCCUGGACACCUUCGUCCCUUUCCCUCCCAUCAAGGGUGCUCCCGAGGAGGAGAGACAGCUCACCUUCCGCGCCCUCCUCGUCGGUGUUGCGCUCGGUGCUGUCGUCUCCGCCUCCAACAUCUACCUCGGUCUCAAGACUAGCUGGACCUUUGGUGCCUCUCUCUUUGGCUCCAUCCUGGGUUUCGCCAUCCUCAAGCCCAUUUCCAAGUAUGGCCCUCGCUACCUGGGCGGUGGUUACUUUGGUCCCAAGGAAAACACCAUCUCGCAGACUGCCGCGACGGCUGCUGGUGGCCUCGGAAUCCUGUUCAUCGGUCCUAUCCCCGCCAUGUACCACUUGGGCCUGCUCUCGAAGAACCCCCAGGACGAUAUUGGCAAGCUGAUUACAUUCGGCCUGUGCACUGCCUACUACGGGCUUUUCUUCGCCAUCGCCCUCCGCAAGUUCUACAUUCUCAAGCUGAAGCUCAUCUUCCCGUCGCCCACCGCUGUCGCCUACACCAUCCGCGCCCUCCACGCCGUUGGUGGCGAUGCUGCCAAGAGUGCGAAGAAGAAGUCCAUCUGCCUUGCUCUUGCUUUCGUUGGUGCCAUGCUUCUCCGCAUUGUGUCCGUAUACGCGCCCGGCAUCCUUUGGGACCACCACGUUUUCUGGUGGCUCUACACCUGGGGCUGGCAGGGUAUCAUCGCCGCUGAGAGCUGGAACUGGUUCUUUGAGUACACCCCCGCCUUUUUGGGCGCUGGUAUCCUCAGUGGUAUGAACGCUUCGCUGUCCUUCUUCGGUGGCAGUGUCCUCGCCUGGGCCAUCAUCGGCCCCGUCACCGUCGCGACCGGCACUACCUUCGGAUCGCCUGUGGACGAGGAAAACUUCCCUGGCUACAUGAACUACAUUUCGCUCAGCCCCUCAAAGGCUCUUACCGCGCCCUCGCCCAGAUACUGGAACUUGUGGGUUGGUGUCAUGGUUAUGCUCUGCGCCUCUUUCGCCGAAGUCGCCAUGAACGGUCCCAUCAUGUACCGCGGCAUGAAGAGGGCUUUCUUCGAGACUGCGGAGAGGAUCCCUGCGACUCGGGCCUUUGCCGAGAAGCACCUCACGACUGCUGAGCGUGAAAUCGAGGAUCCGGCGCCCAAGGCUGAGCAUGUCCCCACCUGGCUUUGGUCUGGUGGUGUCCUCCUCUCCAUCGCUGUUUCGAUGAUUGUCCUCGCUUUGCAGUACAACGUCAGCCCGGGCCUGACUCUGCUGGCCGUUAUCCUUGCCUUCAUCUUCAGCUUCAUUGCUGCUCAGUCUUCCGGAGCCACUGACAUUAACCCUGUCUCGACUUGCGGCAAGAGCUCGCAAUUGGUCUUCGGUGGUAUCACUCAGGGCCAGGGUGUCCAUGGCCCGGACGCCCUCAACAUCAACAUGACUGGUGGUAUCGUUGCUGCCGGUGCCGCUUCUGCCUCUGUUGACAUGUUGGGUGAUCUCCGUACCGGUUUCCUCAUGAGCACAUCUCCCUACGCCCAAUUCAUUGCCCAGGCCGUUGGUGCCCUGGCCUCCGUAUUCCUCUGCGCUGGUCUGUUCCUUCUCUUCGGCAAGGCGUACCCUUGUAUCACCGAUAAGGCACUUUAUGAUGCCGGCGAGUGUGCUUUCGGUCUGCCUUCCGUCGCCGCGUGGACGGCCAUUGCCACCGCCGUCACUGCGGUCGACUUCCCGGUCCCCAACUCGGCUGCUAUCACCGCCCUUGUCUUCGGUCUCUUCUCCAUCGUCCUCAUUGCUGCCAAGUACCUCUGGAUUCCCGAGAAGUACCACGUCUACGUCCCCAACAUGAACGCCGUCGGCCUGGCUUUCACCCUUUACCAGACCCACUACUCCACGGCCAUGGCUGUUGGUGCCAUCGCCAGUCACAUCUGGCUCAAGAAGAGCCCCCACACCUGGGAGAUGUACGCGUACAGUCUGGCUGCUGGUUUGAGUGCGGGUGAGGGUAUUGGGGGUGUUUUCAACGCCAUCCUCACUGUCGCCGGUGUCGGUGGUGACAAGGGCAGUGCUGUCGGCUGCCCUGCCUUCGAGUACUGCGGUUAG